AUGGGCGAAAGGGAAGUCAACUUACCGCAGUUAUUUUCCGACGUAUCACGUACAAUAAGUGGGAUAUCAAACAUUAUGGGCACAAAUCCAGGUAACCUUGAGAUAUUAUUUCUCAGAGGAUCACUUUUGUAGAAAUGCACGGGGAAGAAGGAUCAACAGCCUCCGGUGGAGGAGGAGGCAUUUUCGGAAACACUUGUUUCAAAGCUUGCGGAAUGGAAGAUAUUCAGUUUGCUGCAAGGGUGAGUUUUGUUUUGCUCUCACCAAUUAUUAUCGAAAAAAGAGAAUUUAUAGCACAGAGCUCACCGAUGAACCGAACAGCGAGUCUGAAUUUGUAUUUGAGAAAAAGUUUUUGGUUUCAGGCGGCCGGGGAUAUGUUCACGACGAUUCGUACCUGCGUUUUACUAUCAACCGUGGCUUCUUUGUUACUCCUUCUUCUUCUCGCUCUCACCAUCAUUUUUCUGCUAUGCACUCAGGUUAUUAUUUUUAUUAUUAUUCAUAUUUCUUUUUAGCUUAUUAUAUUUCUUUUGAAUUUUUGUACAGCUUAAUUAGUUCCUACCUCAAUCUCUUUUUUUUAUUGACUAAAAUUUUUUUUUCUUUCAUCUUAUGUAGCAUUUAAAUUUUAUAAAGUGCGAAAAAGUGAGUCCCUGAGAUUAUUCUAAACCGACUUAACAAACUAUUUUUUUGAUUUUUAAUUGUUCUGCUCUUGAAAAUAUGUAAUCCAUACGUCACUCACUUUUUUUCCGGGGCCUACAGAUCUCUCUUCAAGAGUUAUUUGGAAUAGUGAAAAAAAAACAAAGUAUCUUGAAGAAGAAACUCGGUUUAUAAAAUUAUCCGAUAGCUCUCGUCGUCUUUUGGUUCAUCGAAACUCUCGCAGAUAUGUUGGUUAUGAUAAUUUUUCAUUUCAGUCGUCUUUGAGCAAGCGCUUCACGUUGCCUUCUGUGUUCCGCAGAGUGGUUUCAACGGGAAACACGACCUCUCAACAGCCAAAAUGA